AUCCAUAUGGAGGAUGACUCUCCUCCUUCUCAAGGAGUCAGUGUCAAGGUUUUGGAAGCAACAUUAUUAUCAGCCCUGAAGAUGCUUGAUGUUGGGAAAUGGCCAAUUUUUUCUCUCUGUUCCCAAGAAGAACUCAAAUUAAUUCGUCAAGCCUGUGUAUUUGGCAGUGCCGGUAACGAAGUGUUGUAUGCAACUGAAAAUGAUGAGGUUUUUGUGCUUGGCAUGAACUGCAGUGGGUGUUUGGGAACAGGUGACAUGCAGAGCACUAUUGAACCAAGGAGGAUAGAUUCUCUGUGUGGCAAAAAGAUAGCCUGUCUGAGUUAUGGAAGUGGCCCCCAUGUUGUUCUUGCUACAGAAGAAGGCGAAGUGUAUACGUGGGGUCAUAACGCAUACAGUCAGUUGGGCAAUGGUACAACAAAUCAUGGGUUCGUUCCUUGUCAAGUCUCUACUAACUUGGUGAACAAGAAAGUCAUUGAAGUUGCCUGUGGCUCUCAUCAUUCUAUGGUGUUAACAUCUGAUGGAGAGGUAUACACAUGGGGUUAUAAUAAUUCAGGCCAAGUUGGAUCUGGUUCGACAGCUAAUCAGCCUAUUCCUCGAAGAGUUACCAGCUGCCUACAAAAUAAAAUAGUAGUUAAUAUCGCUUGUGGACAGAUGUGCUCCAUGGCUGUGGUGGAAAAUGGAGAGGUCUACGUGUGGGGUUACAACGGUAACGGCCAGCUGGGACUGGGCAGCAGCGGCAAUCAGCCGACACCAUGCCGAAUAGCGGCUCUGCAAGGCAUUCGCGUACAGCGGGUUGCCUGUGGCUAUGCACAUACAUUAGUGCUAACAGAUGAAGGUCAGAUUUACGCCUGGGGAGCCAAUUCAUAUGGCCAGUUAGGUACUGGGAAUAAAAGCAACCAGUCUUACCCUACAACAGUUAUUGUGGAUAAAGACAGAGUUAUAGAGAUUGCAGCCUGCCACUCCGCUCACACAUCGGCUGCCAAGACCCAGAGCGGCCAGGUGUACAUGUGGGGCCAGUGCCGAGGGCAGUCCGUGAUCCUUCCCCACCUCACUCACUUUGCCUGCACUGACGAUGUCUUUGCUUGCUUUGCCACCCCCGCUGUUAUGUGGCGGCUUCUAUCAGUAGAACCUGAUGACCAUCUAACAGUAGCCCAGUCUCUAAAGAAGGAAUUUGACAACCCUGAAACUGCGGACCUGAAGUUUCUAGUGGAUGGAAAAUACAUUCAUGUUCAUAAAGUUCUUCUCAAAAUUAGGUGUGAACACUUUCGUUCCAUACUGAAUAAUGAUGAUGAAAUUAUAGAAAUGAGUGAAUUUUCUUACCCUGUUUACCGAGCCUUCCUGGAAUACCUGUAUACAGACAACAUUAGGCUCCCUCCUGAAGAUGCAAUAGGACUGCUAGACUUGGCAACACUGUAUAGAGAAAACAGAUUGAAAAAGCUUUGCCAGCAAACGAUCAAACAAGGCAUUUGUGAAGAGAAUGCCAUUGCUCUUCUUUCCGCCGCUGUCAAAUACGAAGCUCAGAAUGAAGUUUUAGAGGAGGAGAGACUAGAAGAGUCAUACAAUGAACUGGUAAACAGUUCCGG